UCUAAUUUGAGCCGCCACCGCAUCUUCUGCCCUCACCUCGACUCGCGACGGCCGACGCCAACGCCCGGCCGCCCCCAUGGCGACGGCGCUGGUUGACGACGCCAUGCGCGAGGUGUUCACGCGCCUUCCGGCGGACGACCCCAGGAGCCUCGUCCGCGCCGCCGCCGUCUGCAGGAGCUGGCGCGGCAUCCUCUCCGACCCCGGCUUCGCCCGCGGCUACCGCGCGUUCCACGGGGCGCCGCCCAUGCUGGGCUUCCUCCACAACGAGUACCGCCGCGGCAACUGCUUCGUCCCCACCUCGACCUUCCGCCGGCCGGCGUCCCAUGACCGCCGAGACUGCCACGUUCUCGACUCCCGGCACGGCCUCGCCCUCCUCUACGCCCCCGGAUACCAAGCCCCUUUCGAUGUCUGCGACCUCGUCACCGACAAGUGGCGGGAAAUCGACGACGACCCCAAGUGUCACAGCAUCAUGCACUGGCCGGGCGACGACCUCGACGACUAUGACGACGACAGCAUGCGCUGCAAUGCCACGGUGCUCUGCGCCAUAGACCGGUGUGACCACCUCGACUGCCAUGGCGGCCAUUUCUUCGUGGCAUUGGUCGGCUCUGCGGAUGAAGUAAGCGACUGCCAUACCCUCGCCACUGUCUACUCGUCGGAGACUGGUGAGUGGAGCGACAUUAUCUCCAUUCAGGCCCCGGGUUUUGAAAUUGAUACCGGAGGGCGCACUGCUGUGGUGGGAAACAAUAAGGUCUAUGUCCAAAGUUAUGAGGGUGACAGUGUGGUGGAGUACAACAUCCGUGAGCAGCAACUGUCUGUGAUCAUGGCGCCAGAGAUCAGGGGCAAGGGAUUCCUUGACCUCCUAGGUGUGGAGGACGGCAUGCUGCUGUUUGGGUCCGUGCUCAGUCAUAGACUCUAUCUAUGGUCAAUGGAGGCUGGUCCUAGAGGAGCUGCGGCAUGGGCACGGCACAGGGUCGUCGAGCUUGAGCCGUUGCCUCCUCAUCGUGCCCUCAUGGACAUGUCGGACUCGGACAUGUGGACGGUUGGUUUUGCGGAACGAGUUGGCGUCAUCUUCCUCAGAACACCGUUUGGGUUGCACACAGUUGAGCUUAAUUCAGGCCGAGUCAACAAGGUGCAUGAACGGAACAUCAAAAAGGUCAUGCCCUACAUGAGGUUCUGCACUGGAGCAUGGGGGCGGAUGCCAGCCUCUGAUGGAGCCUCGCGCUCGGUUGUCGGUGGUGGUACGAUGGUGUGACCAAGUGGCAUCGAAGACCAAAUGACGUCAAGAAUGACCGGUCUCUCUACUUUUGCCUCCAGAAAGACUUUGAAGAAGAGCUUCGGCCGCUGGCUGCGUUGGAUGAUUUGGAAGAACAAGGGCUCUUUGUAUCUGCUACUUAUGUCUUUGUGUUUUCAAAUUUCAAAUAAAACCCAUAGCUUGAGAAACAAAGACAAGCUUGGUUUCGACCAACAGUAUUAAUGUAGCUGGAUUUACAGCUUAUUAUGAUGAGUAAGAUGCUAUUCAAAACAGGAUUGCCCUUUA